AUGGAAGGCUUUGAUAUAAUGCCGGAGAUUCACAGAGAAGAGCCACACAGCAUUGUCUACAGAGGCCUCUUCCGCUACCUCAACAACUUCGUCCUCAUCAAGAAGUUCCCCUACAACCAUGCCUUUCCCGACGGCGUACCUUGCUCCCUCUCCCGCGAGCUUCUACUCUACCAGAAACUUCCUCCAUCGGAUUACGUCAUCACACGCUUCGGCGUGGUCAGCCCCGUCGAGGACGGCCACCGCGUCCACUACCUUAUCUACGAGCCUUUCUUCUACGAUCUCGCCUUCAUCGCCGUCAGGCCCUUGCCGCACACUGUGUUCAAGAAGCUUCUGGUGCAGCUCCUCAGGUGCGUCAACCACUGUCACAGUAACGGCGUCAUCCACCGGAACCUGAACCCUAGGACUCUGCUUCUUGACACGACUCAAAAGAUCCUCAAGAUCGGAGAUGCGAUCGGUCAUUCUUUCACUUUCGUCGGCGAAACUGAGCACCCGGGGACAGUCACUCUCGCUUACCAGGCGCCGGAGGUUUUGCUUGGAGCCACCGAUUACUCAACUCCGGUGGAUAUGUGGGCCGUCGGAUGCAUCUUCGCUGAGAUGUUGACUGGGAAUGUACUCUUUGUCCGAUUCGGUGAUGAUCCUGAAGAAGCUAAUAAGCAGCAGUUGUAUGAGAUUUUCAGGCAGCUAGGAAAACCGACGUUGGAUCAGUGGCCAGGACUCACUGAUUUGCCGGCUUGGAAGAGCUACCAAGAAUGGGAAGGAGGGCCAAAGAUGAAAGCUCGUUUCUAUGAAGGCGGUUUGCCACAAGAUCUGGCUACAGUUGGGUUGGUAGAAGCUGGAGCUGACCUUCUAUCGACUUACAGAGUCUCAUUACCAACGAUAAAGGGGGUUAUAGGUCAUAGGCAGUCAUUGGUUGGGUUCAUUUUACCUUGGAAAGCUUGCAGCUCACAAUAA